AUGGCCAGCCAAGAAUUGGAGGCUUCUGUUGCAAAUAUUGUGGAACAAACCACUCUGAAAUGGAUUUUUGUUGGAGGAAAAGGUGGCGUCGGUAAAACGACGUGCAGUUGCUCGCUAGCUGUACAACUGGCGGCUAAAAGACGAAGUGUUUUAUUGAUUUCAACGGAUCCCGCUCACAACAUAUCCGAUGCCUUAAAUCAGAAAUUCACAAAAACACCUCAAAAAGUUUCAGGAUUCAAUAACCUUUUUGCUAUGGAAAUUGAUUCAAAUCCAGUUGAAGGUUCUACUUUACCUGGACUAGAUCAGCUCAUGGACAGCAACGGAGGAAUAGCGUCGAUGGGACGAGAACUUUUACAUAAUAUGGUUGGUGGGAUGCCGGGUAUUGAUGAAGCAAUGAGCUUUGCAGAGAUGCUUAACUAUACUGGAAUGACGAAUAAGUUGUCUGGCUUGCUUGGAAUGGGCGAGUUGUCUAUGGAUGAUACCAUGAGAAAAUUCAAUGAGACAUUGGAUCAGGUCAAGCGAAUGAAUGUCGAGUUCAAGAAUCCCGAUCUCACCACAUUCGUUUGUGUAUGUAUUGCGGAAUUUUUGUCACUGUAUGAAACAGAACGUCUCAUACAAGAGCUUACUAAACAGGGUAUCGAUACACAUAAUAUAAUCGUGAAUCAGUUAUUGUUCCCGGAUACCACAGAUGGUUGUGUUCAGUGCAAGAAAUGUCAAGCACGAUUUCGAAUACAGUCAAAAUAUCUUGAACAGGCAACCAUGGAGCGAGAAUUUCCAGCUGAGUUAGACCCCUUCUUUCAGAUCGCCGAUUUAUACGAGGAUUUCCAUAUCACGAAAUUGCCGAUGUUAGACGAAGAAGUACGUGGUCCGGAACAAAUUCGUCAGUUCAGCAGGAACUUAGUUGUACCGUACUUGCCACCCGGAAAUGGAACCAAAUCUUAA